UACACGGAGGGUGCGAGCUGUAUGUUCUGACAGGUCUGCGCUGGUUGAUAUUCUUCAUUUUAACACUUGAUAGCUAUUUCUGAAUGCGGACAGAGAUGUGUGGAACGACUCUGCAUGAGAUGGUGCAGAAAGCGGCAGUUCAUCACAGCAACAGGAUCGCCGUUACUUUUGACAGCUGUGCGGCGGUGGGCUGCGUGUCCCGCACCUACAGCGAGCUUCUGUCCGCUGCGGAGGAGUUAACCAGACUGCUGAGGAUCCGCGAUCGCCGGCAGGAGAGGUUGUUUGGGCUCUACUGUCAGCCAGGUAUUAACCUCCCACACUGGAUCCUAGGCAUCCUGCAGGUCCCAGCUGCUUAUGUCCCCUUGGAUCCUGAUGCUCCUCCCCUUCUGUCCGUCAGAGUCAUGGAGCAGAGCAAGCUGACAUUCGCUGUUGUACAGAGCCAUCUCACACAGAACUUCCUGAGCUCCUUUACCCCCCACCUGCCUUUGGAGGUCUGUGAAGUGUGGCAAACUCAGGACCUGACACUUGUGAAAAUACUGCAUGAGUCUGACACUGAUAGCCAAGAAGCAGCUGGAGAGGAAGAACAUGGCCAGGGUGAGCAGCCCCCCUCAGAGCCCUGCUCUCUGCCUGCAGAGAUGGGCAUUGGCAGGCAGGGGGCACUGGCCUAUGUGCUGCACACCUCUGGAACUACUGGGGUUCCCAAGACAGUCAGAGUACCACAUCAGUGCAUUGUACCCAACAUCCUGCAUCUCAGAUCUCUUUUUCAGGUGACAGCAGAUGAUGUCAUAUUCAUGGCCUCGCCCCUGACCUUUGACCCCUCAGUGGUGGAGAUGUUUUUGGCUCUGUCAUCAGGGGCAUGUCUGCUGAUGGUCCCCACAGUUAUUAAAAAGGUUCCCAGCAGGCUGGCCACUGUUCUGUUCACACACCACAAGACAACAGUUUUACAGGCCACGCCCACCGUGCUGCAGCGGUUUGGGGGGCGUGUCUUGCGGACCACUGUGUUGUGUGCAUCCUCCUCCCUGCGGGUCCUCGCUCUAGGUGGCGAAGUGUGUCCCUCUGUACCUGUGCUCCUCAGUUGGAGGGAGGAGGGGAACUCCACACGCAUCUUCAACCUGUACGGCACCACCGAGGUGUCCUGCUGGGCCACCUGCUACCAGCUGCAGCUGGAGGCUGGGAAUGAUGUCUCUGUUCCCUUGGGGACGCCACUGAUGGGUACUGUUGUAGAGGUUCGAGAUGAGGGCGGUGGUGUGGUCACUCAUGGCAGCGGCCAGGUGUUCAUAGGGGGACACGAGAGGGUGUGCAUCCUUGGCGAUGAGGUUACUGUGGCACCAGGGGCCAUGCGGAGCACCGGGGACUGGGUGGAGGUGAGGGGCUCACACUUGUACUAUCUGGGACGGAGGGACCGGCUGGUCAAACGGCACGGACAGCAGCUGCAUCUGGACGCAUUGCAGCAGACACUGGAGUGUCUGCCUCAGGUGGAGGCCUGUGCAGUGAGUCUGUAUGAGGGCCAAAGGCUGCUUGCCUUUGUGGUGCCUGCCCCCUCCACCAGAGACCUGCAGAGGGACCCUAACUCCAGUGACCCUGCCCCUUCCUACAGUGACAUUGCCCACCCCCCGAGAAGCCUGCAGACAGAGAUACUUGGCAGGCUGUCUCAGCUUCUGCCGUCACACAGCAUCCCAGACACCAUAUUGCUGGUGCUGGCCCUGCCCCUCUCCUCACAUGGGAAGGUGGCCAUGGACGAGCUGAUUCAGGUGUACAAGAGAUGGAGAGCUCGUCAUGUUUCCCAUGAUGCACUGGGAGACAAGGAUGCACUGAGGCAACACCUGCAGAUGCUGUGGAAGGAGGCUCUGGCUCUUGACGGAAGUGCAGAGGUCGAUGAAGAAGCACAUUUUUUGCUCAGUGGGGGGGACUCUCUCCGGUCCCUGCAUCUCUGUGAUGACAUCACUGCGUCUUUGGGUGUGACCCUGCCAGGAAUUCUGGAGGUAAUCCUCAACGGGUCCUUCUCCGACCUGCUCAAUCACGUCGCCAUGGCAACAUUCCAGAAGGAAAACACAGAUAAUACAGCUAACAUACCUCUAACUGAUGCUCUCCCUCAACCCCGAGCCAAGAGGAAACACACUGACCCUCCCCCUCAAACCCAAGCCAAGAGGAAACACACUGACCCUCCCCCUCAAAUGCAGGCCAAGAGGAAUCCACCCGACCAUCUCUCUUCUGAGAGUGUGCAGAGGCGCAUGGGAUUUGUAGUUGUGAGGAGAGCAGGCGAGGUUGUGGAGAUGGGUCAGGAGAGCGCCAAAGAGCUGCUGAAUCACAGAAAUGCCAACCAAAGGACUGAAUCAAAUGCAAACAAAGACCACUCUAACUCAACCGGGGCCAAUGAGAGCAUGGGAGAUGGUGCUGCGGGUUCAUCCCGGCUGGCCCUGCGUGUGCGCUGGCAGUCUGACACAGGCAGGUGUGUAGACGCCUCACCGCUGCUGCUGCUGAGCCGGUGGGGCCAGGAUAUGGUGUAUGUGGGGUCCCACUCCCACCGGCUACAGGCCCUUGAGCUGACCACCGGGAGGCUCCGCUGGGAGCGAGUCUUGGGGGGCCGGAUGGAGUCCUCGGCCGCCGUCACACGCUGUGGAGCACUCAUCGUGAUUGGGUGCUAUGACGGGCAGGUGUACUUCCUCUCCGCGGACAGCGGGGAGACUCACUGGGUGUUUGGGACGGAUGACGCAGUGAAGAGCAGCGCCACAGUGGACCCCCUGACCGGCCUGGUUCUGCUCGGCUCCCAUGAUGCUCAUGUUUACGCUCUGGACCCGGAGGGCCGGCACUGUGUGUGGAAGCGGCAGUGUGGGGGUGGAGCUGUGUUCUCCUCUCCAUGCCUCCACCAGUCUCUCAGACAGCUGUAUGUCGCUACGCUGGGCGGACAGCUGCUGUCGCUAAGGCCAGUGCGUAAGAAACUCCCGACAACACUGUAAAACUCCAAACCACACUAUCAAACAUUCAACCAUGCUGUAACACUCUCAACCACCCUGUAACACUCCCAACCACACUAUCAAACACCCAACAGCACUGUAACACUCCCAACCACCCUGUAACACUCCCAACCGGAGUGUACCGCUCCCCACCAUGCUGGUACUUAAAACCACUGUUGUUUCUUAUAUAUUUCAGCAAAUAACAGGAAGUAAGAGUACAUUUACAUUUACAUUUAUUCAUUUGGCAGAUGCUUUAAUCCAAACCGACUUACAAGUAAGGCAGAGUACAACACAAGCAAAAG